AUGGAAUAUUCGAUGCCAGUUGAUCAGGGAACCCAAAACCCUGUCAGCGAAGAGUCCCAGAACAUAGCUCCCCAGUAUCAGGAGGUGGGAAAAUGUCAUCACCCUCCCUUCCCGAAGCCUUCUCACAUUCUCUUACUUACGACUUCCCGGGAUUUACCGCCUUACCGCCCUCUGUUCGUCGCGAUGUAUGCUGCGACACCUCUGUUGAACCUCACCUGCAAAAGCUUUUACUGGUGCAACCAGCUUCGACCGCAGCAAGAGGUGGCUCGAUGUGAAUUUGUCCAACUUUUCCUGGGCGCGCUGGCCGUAUCUAAAGCCUGGUAUGCUCUUACCAACGAGGAGCUCGAAGCAUUCGAGCAAAGUCGAUACUCGCGGAUGGAAGUCGAGUCCUUGGCGCGUCAACUCGAAGACUCGUUGCACCAAAUGAUGGUUCGCCUUGACGAUUUCUUCUUCUUUGGGGCUUUGACAAGAUACCCCCACAAGCCAAUUGGCACUAACAUUCCCAGGUACUCGCACGUGGAGUUGUGCACAGGCUUUGGUCAUUUGAGAGGCGACUUUGGGAAAAUCUGUUUUGCAGAUACAGAACGUGUUUAUGAGGGGGGCAGGUGGUUUGCCAAAAUUCGACUCUUUCCCAAAAUACGUUACGACGAGAAUCUGACCAACAGGGUCAAUCGCAUUUCGUUUGAGAAGAACGUCGCGUCUCUGAUUCAUGAGAUGGUACAUGCCUACCUACAAAUGUUUGUUUGUCGAAGUCCUCAAUGUAACAGGAAUCUACUAAACACGACAGGCCUGACUGGCCAUGGUCCAACAUUCAUGAAGAUGUUUGGAUUGAUCAUGGAAACUGUUCGAACAUGGCAUCCUUCCCUCGAGUACGUGGGUCAAGAUAGAUGCGAUGAGGGCACAUGUUUUGACAGAGUCAAUCACGACUAUGAGCAAAGAGCUAUCGAGGCCUAUAAGAAGACAGGCAAACAUAAAGGAUAUCUUCCUCUGAGAUCGGACAGCCCCAAAACGCUCAUCCGGAUCGUCAAAGAAGAUCUCCCCAAUGGAGAUUGCUUCUUCCACGUGGUUUAUUCUGACCCUCAACAGCAAAUCGAUCCAGACGCAGAGUACGUGGACGAUGCGAACGAUGGCGGUUAUGACGACAGUGAGGAAUAUGAGGAGGAUGAAGAUGACGAGAUGAAUGAUUUGUGA